UAGUGCGCAGGCGCCAUGCAGCAGCGGCAGGAAUCAUAUGUUCUGAGUAAACAAACCAAAUUGGCAAGAAGGCCCUGCGUAACAUAAUAUAACUUUUUUUUUGGGUGUUAUUCAUCUAUCCUCCCAUUAGCCACCCAUACUGGAUAAUCGCUCUUCCUCAACCAAAGCUACUAAAGCUUCAGCCAUCUUAAUGCUCAUCUUGCAUCAGGCUGCAAGAGUCAAUAGAAGAAAAGAAAGAGAUGAAGCAGUGAUGGGUGAUGAGCCUGGCAUUCCUGUACACCAGAUUCCUCCCCAGAAUCUGGUGGUCCGCCUGUUUCAUCGUGAGAUUCACAAAAGCUCACAUUAUCAGGCCCAUGCCAACCGUACCUUUUAUCAAAACAUCACUCCAAACUUUACAGUCACAAAUGUUCAGAAGCCUCCAUGCUUCCUGAGGAAGUUCAGUCCUGAUGGCAGAUUCUUGAUAGCAUUUUCAAAUGAUCAAACCAGUAUAGAGAUUUUCCAGUAUAUGGGACCAUCAGCAGCUGCAGAUAUUCUUCAUUGGUGUGAGAGUGGCGCUGUACUAAAGGAGAAUGGCCCCAAAACGCAUGAGAUCCGGCGGAACAUCUUUGACAGGUUUUUCCGCCUGAAGCAUACAGUCUCUGUGGCCACCAAUGGAGAGCAGCUGAAUCGCGAGUGUAGUUUGUUUACUGAUGAUGGCAAGUAUGUCAUUGUUGGAUCUGCUUCAGUGGAUGUUGUAAAUAGCAUUGAUCACUUUGACAUGUAUAGGAAUAAUGAGUCUGUGACACCAAAUCCUCGCUCUCCUUUGGAGGACUACACUCUCCAUAUUGUGGAUAUAGAGAUGGGGAGGUUGACUGACUCACGAACCUUCAUGCAUGAUAAGAUUUUUCUUUCGCAUAACCAGGGUCUGUACUUAUACAGACACACCUUGGCUGUUUUAUCUGUGCAACAUCAGACCAUCCAUAUAUUUCAGAUAACUCCAGAUGGGUAUUUUAUGGAUGUCCGCACCAUUGGUCGAGUGUGUUAUGAGGAUGAUGAUUACCUGCUAGCAACUGUGUGCACUGAUCGCAUGCAGCGCAGCUACCACCAUACAAGGGAAAAAAUCAUCAACUCUCUCAAGCACAGGUUGCUGGUCUUCUUAUAUAAGCGAGCAGAAGCUAUCAGCAAGGAGGAGGGAAAUUCUCGUGCACUCAGAGAAUUCUUCCACUAUUUUGACCCUCUUCUGCGUCUUAGAAUGUGGAAAAUGCAACUCCUUGAUGAUGUUCAUUUACUUAUCAAGUAUGCCUCAGAAGAAGUGGUCACCCUUCGAGCUGCAGAACCCAAUGGACAGCCUUCGUUCUUUGUGGUAUACAACAUGAUAACAACAGAGGUUCUUGCAGUAUAUGAAAAUACUUCAUCAGAACUAUUAGACCUCUUUGAAAAGAUGGCAGACUUCUUUCGAAAUGCUAGACUGUCAUGUGAAUCUCAGUUUACUUGCUCUCCCUCAAAUAACACCUGGGCAAGAUUGAUUCAUAAACGAUUCAAAAAGACUUUCAUCAAUGCCCGAGGGGGUGGAGUGACAGAAGCUACUAAAAGACUACUUGGACAGCUGCCAAUCUCAGCCCAGUCAUUCUCUGCCUCCCCAUACUUGGACCUGACACACUUUUCUUAUGAUGACAAGUGGGUGUCAGUGAUGGAACGACCCAAGAGCUGUGCUGAUCACCCCAUAAGGUUUUAUGGGCGAGACUCUGGACUUAUUAAAUUCAGCAUUAAUGCAGGUAGGGCUGUGCUUCCUGGCUCCACUGCACCCUCUCCUUCCACCAGACGGCUUGUGGCAUUCACCUUCCACCCAGCUGAUCCCUUCACCAUUUCCGUGCAGCGUGCUAAUACUGACUAUGUGGUUAAUUUUCAUCUGAGACACCAGCCUAGCUAACUACAAGGGAACAUCUUUGCUUUGGGUGUAAUGGUUUGAAGAAAUUAUGAGUGUGUAUUAAAAGAACAUGGUACUGUUGCUAUUUAUGAAAGGUGGAAAAACUUGUUCAUAUCUUCUGAAAAUUCCAAAAAUUCCAUUACAUAUCAUCAUCUUUCAUUAGACUUGAUUUUUACUGAAUACAUCAAAUCUGUUGGUUGAUGAAGUUGUUUACCAACAUUGUUGAAGUUUGAACUGCACACAGUGCUCACAAUAAUCAUUAGCAUGAUUUAUUCUGCUCCAGUAUAGACAUAUUACAUUUUAUAUGGGUGUGUUUGAGGCAUAUUCAAUUUUUCCCUGUUUGAAGUGUUGACAAAUAGUUUCAAAGUAUUGUUACGUAUGUGUGGCUGGAAACUACAUCUUGAGUGAUGUUUAAGUGGUUAUUGUCUGUCUUGCAUGACAAUCGUUGUCUUUCAGACUUAAGAGUAUCUACAUAGCUCAAUGCAGGACUGGGAUGAUAUCUCAUUCAAACAUAGAAGACUUCUUUCAUGGAUUAAUUUGUAUGUCUUCUUGAGAUAAUGAAAAUAAUGUAGAUAAAAAAAGAAAUUAGUUAAAACUUGUGCCAUUAUGUACUGGUUGUGUGUAGUUCCUAACUGAUAUUUGCAUAUGUUAUUUCACUAUCAUCAUUGUCAUCAUUACCAUCAUCAUUUCUUACUAGAAUAACUACUUAUUGAAACAAAAUGACUUCAUACAAUGUGAAAGCAACAACUUCAGUGAAUGUUGCCACACAUUCAUACUUAACUUUUUUUUUUCUAUUUUAGACUACAAACAUUGUAUAAGUAUCUAUUUUUAGAAGUAGAAAGUUGUGUUGUUGAGUUAGUGUUGAUAUUUUGUACCUGAUAGAGGUCUAAACACAAACACGACUUUAGGGUUUCUGUCAGGUGUAUUUAUUUUGAUGUUAAACAAUAUUGACUUUCAUUGAAGCAUAAUGAAGUACAAACGUGCUAUCUAUCACUUCCACGCGACUGUGUUAAGUAGUUUUACGAUGUACAUGUGAGAAAGGUUCUUGGUGUAAAUAUGACAAAAGUGUAAAUUUUUUUUUUUAAACAACUAAAUCUUAUUUCUAUAUAAUUUAGUAAUUAUUUAAUAAUAAACGUUUAAUAUAUUAAAAAUAAUGUACAC